GGUGGGAGCGCGAGGGAGGCGCGUGGGUCGCGCAGGUGCCGGAGGAGGCGGUAGCGCUGGUGGUGCUGAUGCUGAUGCUGUUCGUUGCCGAUCGUGUUGGCGGCGGCGGCGGCGGCCGCGGCGGGUGAUGGUGAAGCGCAAGAGCUCGGAGGAGGUGGAGCGGGAGAGCGGCCGCGGCAUUCCGCUCCCCAUCCAGACCUUCCUGUGGAGACAAACCAGUGCAUUUUUGAGACCAAAAUUGGGCAAACAGUAUGAAGCCUCCUGUGUGUCUUUUGAGCGUGUGCUGGUGGAGAGCAAGUUACAUGGUCUGUCUCCUGCUCUAUCCGAGGCCAUUCAGAGCAUUACACGCUGGGAACUAGUGCAGGCAGCCUUACCACAUGUACUUCACUGCACUGCUACACUGCUGUCCAACCGCAAUAAGCUUGGUCAUCAAGACAAGCUUGGAGUUGCGGAGACCAAGCUGCUUCAUACACUGCACUGGAUGCUGCUUGAAGCUCCUUAUGAGUGCAGUAAUGAUGCUACAGCAGGCUUUAUUGGAGGAGGAGGAGGGUCCAGUUGGUCUGGGAGCAGCAGUGCUCUUGUUCAUCAGGUGGAGAAUCAGGCAUCUCCAGGGCAUCCCAGGUAUAGCAGUACUGCAGAGGAGGAAGAGCACAGCAGACCCAAGAUAUUUGCUAAUUCAAUGGCCACUGUGGAACUGUUUGUCUUCCUGUUUGCGCCCCUUGUCAACAGAAUUAAGGAAUCUGAUCUGACCUUUCGCCUGGCCAGUGGCCUGGUUAUUUGGCAGCGAAUGUGGGAACAUAAGCAUCCCGGAGUUCCAGCAUUUUCUGCUCUCGUUAAACCAAUCCGAAACUUUGUUACAGCGAAGAGAACUUCACCCUUGAACAACCGAGGAGCGCCUUGCGAUUCUGUUAAAGCUGGAACAACAGUGAGUGGGUUUCAGGUGGUAUAUGAAACAGCUCAAGCUGACUCUAAACCUUCAGGACCUGAUGGUCAGAACUCCCACAAAGAAAAUUCAUGUGAAGGAGCUGGGACCUCCCAGGACAAAGGAACUUCCAACUCAAGGACAUCAGUAACCAUACCAUUGAACCAGAAGUCUCGAUGUGCCACCUAUUUUGAUGUUGCAGUCUUGCGGUGUCUGCUGCAGCCCCACUGGUCUGAAGAAGGCAUCCACUGGGCACUGAUGUAUUACCUGCAAAGACUUCGACAGAUCCUAGAUGAAAAGCCUCAUCGGCCCACUGAGCCUGAGAUAAGCCACUUACCCAGACCUCGCAGUAGUUCCAUGGCAGCAGCAGCUCCCUCACUGGUUAACACCCAUAAAACACAGGAUCUUACUGUGAAGUGCAAUGAAGAGGAAAAAUCUCUCAGUUCUGAAGCCUUUUCUAAAGUGUCCGUAGCAAACCUGAGGCGACCGGCUGUUCCAGACCUUUCCACUGAUCUAGGGAUGAGCAUUUUUAAAAAGUUCAAGAGUCGCAAAGAAGAACGUGAACGCAAAGGCUCAAUACCAUUCCAUCACCAGGGUAAAAAGAGGCAGCGACGUAUGGGAGUACCAUUCCCGCUUCAUGAGGAUCACUUAGAUGUGUCCCCAACUCGGAGUACGUUCUCAUUUGGGAGCUUUUCUGGAAUUGGAGAGGAAAGACGUCUGGAGAGAGGGGGGUGGCAAGCUACAAUACUGGGAAAGCUGGCUCGAAGAGGAAGUUCAGAUACUGCCACGGAAAUGGAAAGCCUAAGUGCUAAACAUUCCCAUUCCCAUCAUACCUUGCUGAGUGACAUGCCUGAUCACUCUAAUAGUCAUGGAGAUAAUACAGUUAAAGAUGUGAGAUCGCAGAUUUCUACUAUUACCGUAGCCACAUUCAACACCACAGUGGCCUCCUUCAAUGUGGGAUAUUCUGAUUUCUUCAGUGAGCACAUGAAAAAACUGUGUAAUCAAGUGGCUAUCCCUGAAUUGCCUCAUGAGCCUCUGGCAUGUGCCAACCUGCCCCGCAGUCUGACUGAUUCCUGUAUAAACUACAGCAGCUUGGAGGAAACAGAAAAUAUGGAAGGAACAAACAAUUUUGUCAAGAAGAACGGGAUGCUUGAUUUUGGGGUCAUUCUAAAAGCCCUGUAUGUGGUGCUGAACCAUGACAUCAGUUCUCGUAUUUGUGAUGUGGGGCUAAAUAUUAUCGAGUGUUUGCUGCAGCUACAAGUGGUUCCUUCUGUGGAGAAGAACUACAAAAUUAAAGAAAAUAAAGAAAAUAUUGUUGGUGACAAAAAGCAGAAAGAGGGAGCCAGUCAGCAAGGCGCAGCGAGUGCAUUUGGACCUGGGAAUGGAAGUGGACCUGGAGGAGGUGAUGAUGGAGAUGGAGAUGGCGGAGGUGGUGGUGGUGGAGGAGGAGGAGGAGGUGAAGGAGGCGAUGAAGGGAAAAAAAGCAAAAAUCAAGAGCAGGAUGAAGACAUGCCUGGUCACACCCACAAAUUAGCAUUAACAAUGCUUGUCAAAAUAGUGAAGUCACUAGGAUGUGCUUACGGUUGUGGUGAGGGCCACCGUGGACUGUCAGGAGAUCGUCUCCGUUUGCAAGCUCAUAACUGCUUAACCAGAUUGUAUAGACUUGACAAAGUACAGUUUCGUCAAACUCUACGAGAGUAUGUAAACAAUGACUCCCUGAACAAUGUUGUGGAUUUCUUGCACGCUUUACUAGGAUUUUGCAUGGAACCUGUUGCUGACAACAAGGCAGGAUUUGGAAAUAACUUUGCCACCGGUGAGAGCAAAUCAGCUGCACGGAGUAUGGAAGCCAUUAUAGUGAGCUGCAUGUUCAAGCCUUUGAUCACACGGUGUGCAUCCACUACGCAUGAACUGCAUAUCGCAGAGAAUCUGGGGCUUUAUUGUGAUAUUCGUCAACUUGUCCAGUUCAUCAAAGAGGCACAUGGGAAUGUAUUUAGGAGGGUGGCACUAAGUGCUCUCUUGGAUAGUGCAGACAAAGUAACACCCGGCAAGAAACCCGAGGAUAAUGAAGAAAAGAAGAUGUCAGUGGGCAAAAGAGCUGAAGGAGCACCGAGUGCUGAGAAAGCACAAGCUUCAGCCGCACCUGAUGAAUGCCGCAGUUUGGUCUCCAGCCGCCCUCCUCAGACCCCAGAACAUGAAGAGCAAAUCCCAGGAGCUCUGUUGGGUCGAAAAGACUUUUGGCGAAAAAUGUUCAAAUCACAAAGUGCUGCAAGUGACACAAGCAGCCAGUCUGAGCAGGACACCUCUGAAUGCACAACAGCUCAUUCUGGAACCACCACAGAAAGACGCUCACGCUCCCGAUCUAGAAGGAUCUCCCUGAGGAAGAAAUUGAAACUUCCCAUAGGAAACUGGCUGAAGCGCUCUUCGUUGUCAGGAUUAACAGAUGGUGUUGAAGACCUUCUGGAUAUAAGUUCUGUGGACAGACUGUCAUUUAUACGACAGAGUUCAAGGGUGAAGUUUAACAGUGCAGUGAAACUCUCUGAAGGUGGGCUGGAGGACGGACGAGAUGAAGAGGAGAACUUCUUCAAGCGUCUUGGCUGCCGAAGUUUUGAAGAACGUCUUGCAGCCAGCCAGGAAGGAGCCAAAAACAAAAAUAUUGUGAAUCUUGGAGCCAUUAGACAAGGCAUGAAGCGAUUCCAGUUCCUUUUAAACUGCUGUGAGCCUGGCACAAUACCUGAUGCUUCAAUCCUGGCUGCAGCUCUUGACCUGGAAGCACCUGUUGUAGCAAGGGCAGCACUGUUUCUGGAGUGUGCCCGGUUUGUGCACCGAUGUAACCGUGGAAAUUGGCCAGAGUGGAUGAAGGGUCACCAUGUUAAUUUAGCAAAAAAGGGUUUAUCAAGAGGAAGAUCUCCUGUGGUUGGAAAUAAGCGUAAUCAGAAGCUGCAGUGGAAUGCAGCAAAGCUGUUCUGUCAAUGGGGUGAGGCUAUUGGUGCAAGAUUGAAUGAGCUGUGCCAUACAGAGAGUGAAAGCCCUGCAAAUAUACUGGGUUUUAUUUAUGAUGAUGAGACAAAAAGACGAUUGAAGAAGGAAGAUGAAGAAGAGGAUUACCUUGAUGACAAUACUGUUAAUCCUAACAAGUGCGGUUGUCCAUUUGCACUGAAGAUGGCAGCGUGUCAGCUCCUUCUGGAGAUCACAACAUUCCUUCGGGAAACAUUCCCUUGUUUGCCUCGACCACGUGCAGAGCCUCUUGUUGAUUUAGACAGCUGCAGACUGCGUCUUGAUCCUGAAUUAGAUCGACAUAGAUAUGAACGCAAAAUCAGUUUUGCAGGAAUUCUUGAUGAUGAGCAAGACUCAAAGGAUUCUCCACACAGCAGUAGCCAUACUCUUAAAUCAGAUACAGCCUGUGAGGAGAGAAAAGGACCAAUAAGGAAAGUAAGACCAGGCAGUUCCCGUCUGCUUCAGAUAAAGGGAACAAGAAGCUUUCGAAUAAAGAAAGGUGGUUCCUUGUCUAGCAUUCGCCGAGCUGGUAGCUUAAAGAGCACUAAGCUAUCACGGCAUGACUCAGAGUCAGAAAAUGAAGAGCUUCUGAUGUCUCAAAGCCACGAUACAGUUACUGAUAUAGGGAGCCCCUGGAGUACCAGUGAACCCAGCAUUGAACCAGAAGGACUGAGUGCAGUGGGCACAGAAGAAAAUUACCACAGGAACAUGUCAUGGCUGGCAAUUAUGAUAUUACUGUGCAACCAGCAGAGUUUCAUCUGCUGUCAUGUUGAUUACUGCCAUCCGCGAUGUUACCAACACCACAGCCGAUCGUGUGCUCGGCUCGUGCGGGCCAUCAAACUCCUGUACGGAGACACUGUGGAUUCUCUCCGAGAUGAUGACAACAAUGCAAGUAAAAUAAGCAUCAAGUCCAAGAAGUUAAAGGAGUGCUCUGACAAGUCGUGUUUACGUACGCCUUCUUUGAAAAAGCGGAUAACUGUUACUAAUUUGGAAGGCAAAAAGGAUUCUGGAAUGUUGAAAUAUAUCAGGAAUCAGGUGAUGAGUCUGUCUCCAGCUCCACUUUCUCUGUUGAUCAAAGCUGCUCCCAUACUGACUGAAGACAUGUAUGGUGACAUACAGCCUGCAGCCUGGGAGCUUCUCCUCAGUGUGGAUGAACACAUGGCUGCUGCAGCUGCGGCCAUGUUCCUGCUUUGUGCAGUCAAAGUUCCUGACACUGUGUCAGACAUGGUAAUGUCUGAAUUUCACCAUCAGGAAGUAGUACAACGCAUCAAUGCUGUUGUGAAAUUUUACACACUCUGGAGAUUCAGAUAUCAGGUUUGGCCACGCAUGGAAGAAGGUGCUCAGCAGAUCUUUAAGAUUCCGCCUCCAAGUAUAAACUUUACUUUACCUUCUCCAAUUUUGGGCAUGCCAUCUAUACCAAUGUUUGAUCCCCCUUGGGUUCCACAAAGCUGUGGGAGGGUACAGGACCCCAUCAAUGAAGAUCAAUCUAAAUCCUUUUCAGCUCGUGCAGUUUCGCGCUCUCACCAGCGAGCUGAGCACAUUCUGAAGAAUCUGCAGCAGGAAGAGGAGAAGAAGCGUCUGGGUAGAGAGGCCAGUCUCAUCACAGCCAUCCCAAUCAAACAGGAGGCUUGCUAUGAACCUACCAGCACUCCACCACCUGAACUUGAGGAAGAAGUAGAAGAUACUACAAACUUGGCAUCCCGCCGGUUGUCUGUCAGCCCAUCCUGCACAUCCAGUACAUCCCAUAGAAAUUACUCAUUCCGCCGAGGGUCUGUAUGGUCAGUGCGGUCAGCAGUCAGUGCCGAAGAUGAGGAAAAUGCUACAGAACACACUCCAACACAUCAUGUUCUACAGCCUCCCCAGGCUGUAUUUCCUGCAUGUAUCUGUGCUGCGGUGCUACCCAUUGUUCAUCUUUUGGAGGAUGGAGAAGUACGAGAAGAUGGUGUGGCAGUGAGUGCAGUGGCACAGCAGGUGUUGUGGAAUUGUUUGAUUGAAGACCCCGCACUUGUUCUACGUCACUUUCUGGAGAAGCUUACUAUCAGCAACCGCCAGGAUGAGCUGAUCUACAUGCUGAGAAAACUUCUGUUGAAUAUUGGCGAUCUACCUGCUCAGACAUCUCAUAUUCUGUUUAACUACUUGGUUGGCUUGAUAAUGUACUUUGUGCGUACCCCUUGUGAAUGGGGUAUGGAUGCAAUCUCAGCCACUCUCACUUUCCUUUGGGAGGUUGUAGGCUAUGUGGAAGGCCUAUUCCUCAAAGACCUGAAACAAACAAUGAAAAAAGAACAAUGUGAAGUCAAACUGCUAGUUACUGCAUCUAUGCCAGGCACAAAGACCCUGGUUGUACAUGGACAAAAUGAAUGUGAUAUUCCAACACAACUACCAGUGCAUGAGGAUACACAAUUUGAAGCAGUCCUCAAGGAAUGUUUGGAGUUCUUCAAUAUUCCUGAAGCUCAGUCUAGCAAUUACUUUUUGAUGGACAAACGAUGGAACCUGAUACAUUAUGCUAAAACUUAUGUGCGCGAUAUAUAUCCCUUUCGACGGUCAGUCUCACCCCAACUGAAUCUGGUUCACAUGUUGCCAGAAAAAGGACAAGAAUUGAUUGAGAAACAGGUGUUUACUCGGAAACUGGAGGAGCUUGGCCGUGUGAUGUUCCUGGUGUCCCUCACCCAGCAUAUUCCUGCUGCGCACAAACAAUCACACGUAUCUUUGCUACAAGAGGAUCUUCUUAGACUACCAUCUUUCCCACGAAGUGCCAUUGAUGCAGAUUUUUCUUUGUUUGGUGAACAUCAAGGUAAAGAGCUGUUUGGACUUGAUACUCUUCAUAAGAGCAUGUGGAUCAAACUAUUGGAGGAGAUGUUUCUGGGCCUGCCGAGUGAGUUUCCCUGGGGGGAUGAGAUCAUGCUCUUCCUGAAUGCCUUUAAUGGUGCUUUGAUUCUUCAUCCAGAGGACAGUGCAUUGCUUCGACAGUAUUCCGCCACAGUUAUCAAUACAGCAGUGCAUUUCAAUCAUCUCUUCUCACUGAGCGGGUAUCAAUGGAUCCUUCCUUCCAUGCUCCAGGUCUAUGCUGAUUAUGAAAGCAAUCCAUUGUUGCGUCAUGCAAUUGAGUUUGCUUGUCGACAGUUUUACAUUUUGCAUCGGAAACCGUUUAUCCUCCAGCUGUUUGCGAGUGUGGCACCAUUACUGGAGUUUGCUGAUGUUACAAGCAGCGGGUCAUCUAAGGGUGUGUCUUCUCAGUGCUUGUUUGACCUUUUGGUGUCAUUAGAGGGAGAUACACGGGAUAUCCUGGAUGUUCUGGAGUUGGUUAAAGCUGAGAAACCACUAAAAUCUCUCGAUUUCUGUUAUGGAAGUGAGGAUCUUGUCUUCUCUAUACAUGAAGGCAUCAAGCUGUGUGUAACUGUAGUUGCAUAUGCACCUGAAUCAUUUCGAAGCCUUCAAAUGUUGAUGGUUCUGGAGGCAUUGGUUCCCUGUUAUCUACAAAAACUCAAAAAGCAAACCAUUCAGCUGGAGACUGCAUCUGCAGGACGGGAAGAAAUCACUUCUAUCGGUUGCCUUGCCACAUCCUUACAAGCUCUAUUAUACAGUGUAGAAUCUCUCACCAGACCAAUGACGGCUCCUCAGAUGAGUAGAUCGGACCAGGGUCACAAAGGAGCUCCCACAGCCAAUCAUGCUAUGUCUGGAGGGGGCAACACAAGAGAUAAUCUUCAUUUGUUAGAAGAGGGCCACGGUCUUCCAACAGAAGAGCUGGAUGAGCGCAUAGCAAGGGAGGAAUUCCGUAGACCUCGAGAGUCGCUGCUAAAUAUCUGCACUGAGUUCUUCAAGCACUGUGGGCCCAGGCUCAAAAUUCUGCAGAAUAUGGCUGGAGAACCCAGAUUGACUGCCCUGGAGCUGCUCGAUGUGAAGUCCCACAUGAGAUUGGCAGAAAUCGCACAUUCCCUUUUAAAGCUGGCACCAUAUGACACCCAAACAAUGGAAAGUCGUGGGCUACGGAGGUACAUUAUGGAAAUGUUACCAAUCACUGAUUGGACUGCAGAGGCUGUAAGGCCAGCUCUCAUUUUAAUCUUAAAGAGACUGGAUCGGAUGUUUAACAAAAUUCAUAAGAUGCCAACCUUAAGACGUCAGGUGGAAUGGGAAGCUGCAAGUAGUUUAAUUGAAGGCAUUUGUUUAACCCUUCAAAGACAGCCAAUCAUUUCAUUCCUACCGCAUCUCAGAUCGUUGAUCAAUGUUUGCGUCAAUUUGGUGAUGGGUGUUGUAGGACCAUCUAGUGUUGCCGAUGGUUUGCCUCUUCUACACCUGAGUCCAUAUCUUUCUCCUCCACUUCCCUUCAGUACAGCUGUUGUUAGACUAGUAGCAUUGCAGAUCCAGGCAUUGAAAGAAGACUUUCCCUUGAGUCAUGUAAUUUCUCCAUUUACCAAUAACGAAAGGAGAGAAGGGAUGCUUCUGAAUCUUCUGAUACCAUUUGUGCUGACAGUAGGAACUGGCAGCAAAGAUAGCCCCAAAUUGGAGCAACCAGAGGUCUUGCUGCUGCUACAAACUGUGAUUAAUAUCCUCCUUCCACCACGGAUCAUCAGCACAUCUCGCAGCAAAAACUUCAUGCUGGAGAACUCACCUGCACAUUGUUCAACCCCAGGAGAUACUGCUAAGGACUUGCGACGUGAAGGACUGGCAGAAUCUACGAGUCAGGCAGCUUAUCUAGCAUUUAAAGUGAUUCUCGUCUGCUUUGAGCAUCAUUUGGGCAGUCAGUGGUACAGACUCAGUUUACAAAUAAAAGAGAUGGCAAUGAGGCGGGUCGGUGGCCUGGCUAUGUGGGAUUUCAUCGACUUUAUAGUAAGAACAAGAAUUCCUAUUUUUGUUCUCUUGCGGCCCUUCAUCCAAUGUAAGCUACUAAACCAACCAGCUGAAAAUCAUGAGGAACUAACUGCAAGGCAUCACAUUACAGACCAGCUUGAGCGCAGGUUCAUUCCAAGGCCACUCUGCAAGAGUUCACUUAUUGUUGAGUUUAACAAUGAAUUAAAAAUCCUGAAGGAGGCAGUGCACAGUGGAGCAGCAUACCAAGGCAAACCUUCCAUCAGCACUGUGGCAACCUCCACUUCAGCUUACCGCUUGAGUCUGGCUACCAUGUCUCGUUCAAACACGGGGACAGGCACUGUGUGGGAGCAGGACAGCCAACCUUCUCAUCAGGCCUCUCAGGACACACUAAGCAGGACUGAUGAGGAGGAUGGUGAAAAUGACACAGUAAGCAUGCCAAGCGUGGUUAGUGAACAGGAGGCAUAUCUGGCUAGCAGCAGUCAAGGACGUCGGCGAUUUUCCAGCCAUAUUUCUAGCAUAUCUGCUCCUCAGCCUGACGCAGGUCAUAGGAUUUUGCCCAGCCACAGUGAACCUAAUGUCCUCGAGGACUCCCAGGGACUGGCUGCUGAGGUUAACCUUUCUAGGGUAGCAAGUGUGCAGAGUGAACCUGGCCAACAGAAUCUUCUUACUCAGCAGCUACUGGGAAGAAAAAGGGGUCUAAGGCAGCCACGACGACCUCUGCUCUCACGACAGAGGACACAAACUGAACCUAAGGACCGACCUAAUGCCCGCUUGUCUACAACCAGACGCAGCAUCCAGCCAAAAGCUAAACCUUUAGAACAAAAAAGAUCAGUUACCUUCACUGAAAUGCAACAAGACACCACAGCUACUCAGAUAACGAUUAUAGAGAGUAAGGAAUCCUCAUCAGAGCAGGCACAGGGCAACAUACCAGAAUCUGUGGCAACAUCAGCAAAAACUGCCACAUUUCCAGUUGCAGGAACAUGGCCAUCCAGUCCAAGCAGUAGCAGUCAGGUAAAUGUAUUUAAUGCAGUAUCUAAUCAAAGUCCUGCCAGAGUGUUUCUUUUGAACAUCCCAGUGGUUAGAUUGAGAGCACCAGAGCUAGAAGAACAGGUGUUGUCUGCACUCAACAGAAGAAUGGACUGUGGCUUGGGGAGAAUAAAGAGUGAUAUUAGUUGGGGAAUAAAUGGAGGUGUUAAAGUGGGUGGCAUGACUAGAAAAAAAAGAUUACUGAUUCUGGCACAUGUGGAAGUUGGGGCAGAGGCAGUGUGUCUGGAAACUGAGAAUAAACUAUGUGCAACUCAUAAAACAAUUAUAACACAGAUACCGCCCUUGGAAGAGGUUGAACAGUCUGAAACCGAAGACUUCACAGAUCUAGAAACAACCACUUUACUUCAGCAUACAGACAUUGUCCUACAUAUCAGUGAAGACAACGGAACAGAGAAUCCGCUUCUGUCCAGCCCAUUGAGCAUUUCACACAUUGAAAUUAGUGAAACUGAUGUGGGUCUUGAUGAAUCCCAUGUCUAAGGCAAUUGAUUGUAGAACCUUGGCGAUCCUCUCUAUUUAUUAUCCCUGUGGCUCAGUGUAGUGUAUGAAAUUAAUGAUGUUGGCUUCUGAUAAAUGUGCAAAGGUGAUCAAUUACAUGGGUAGUCCUGUUUUGUCAAUUUGUUUUGAAUUGCUACAUGAUUUCAUGACAGAUUUGGGAAAAUUGAUUUAAUCUGGAGUUUUCUAACAUUUAGUAUAAAUAUAAAACCAAAAAAAAUCACAGGUACCUGUUAUAAAUAAAAUAUGUUGAUUAUUUUAGUUGUUCCAAGUUGUCAAAACUGGGAGGAAAAAAAAGCUGUUUUUCUCCAGAAAUCUUAAAUAAGUUUUAGAAUUGAACCUGAUUGUUUUAACAAAAUAACAAUUAAAUCAACAAUGGAAUAUAACACUGAAGAAGCCAUCAAAACACCAAAACUAAGUGAGGAAUUGUCAACAACAAAUAUAUUGCUACAGUGAUUUCAUGUAAUAGCCUGUCUGUUCCAGCCUCAGCAGAAUGUUGUUUGAAAAUAGAUGCUUUCAGCCUUAACAAUAUAUUAUAUGUUUUUGCCUUAUAAUUCUACUGUAUUACAGACUGAAUCAGCUUGAUGACAAAAUUACUCUAUCUGUAACCUUUUUUUAAGUUGAGGAACACAAGUGAAGGGACAAAGCCUGCAAUGCAAUUCAUUACUUAGGCUGUAAAGAGUAAAGGCUGAGAGGGUAAAAUGUAAUGUAUUUAGUGUGAAAAGAGAAGCUGUGCUUUGAGGCAGCUUUAGCAAUGGAGUAAACAUUCUCUUUGACAUCAGAGAAGUUAGUGAGGCUAAGAAUCAUAGUAAUUUAUAGCACAGAAGAAGACCAUUUGGCCUACCAAGGAAUAAGGAGCAAUCAUUUCAAUCCUAUUUACUUGAGUUUUCCCCGCAUCCCUAUAGCUUAGAUAUGGAUCUACUUCCCUUUUGAACGCUCAUAUGGACUCUGCCUCAACCACCGCUCCCAGCAGGCCAUUCUGCAAGAAUGUUCAUAGAUAAAGAAAGAUUAAUAUUUCAGCCAUUGACGAGGUGAGGCCAUUGGUUAAACUAGCAAGAGAACUGAAAAUAUUGUGAUAUGGCAAUAGUUUCAUGGGAAAAAAGCAUCAUCUUUCCUAAGCAUCCACUGAUCAUGACAGCAGAUUUGGAAGAAGGAAAAGUGAACAAAAACAAAAAAAACUGAAAUCAAGGAGAGACUAAAGGCACAGCAAAAGAUAGAGGCAAGUUCAGAAACGCAUCUGUUUUAAACAAUCAAAGGAAUACAAUUUGAGACCUUACUUGGGUCUAAAAAGUGGAGGAUCAGACGUACUCAAUUGAUAUAAAACGUAAUGUCAGUCGUAGUGAUAGAAUGGCAGUAAUGAAUGGAAGAUUCUUGCCCAGAUCAUCAUAACAGAAAAGUGAGCCAAAGAGAUUGUUUUUCUUCUUGGGAGAGUAAGCAACUGAACCGAAUGGAAUAGAGAUAGAAAAUAAGUUGUACACAUCGUAUAUUUUAUGUAUAAUAGUAUAUUUUGAAGUGAAUGAAUAUAUAUGUAUAAUUCAAGUAAAUUAAAAUGUUUAGUUUGAAAGGGUAGAUAAAUAAAGUACGAUCAUCUCCCCCAACUUCCUUCCAGCUCAUACUCCCAUUCAUCUUUGUAAAAUGUUUUGAGAUAUUCUAGAAAGGCGCUUGGGUAAGUGCAAUUUGUUGUAGAAUAUCUAAUGCUUCCUGUGCAUCUCACAUUUAGUAAAUGUAAUAGUUGUAAUGCAGUAUUUCCAUUUGACUGUUCGGAAGAUAUCACCUCAAUUAUUUCAUGACAUUUUGUUUAAAAGACUGCCAAACAGUGUGCCCCCCUUUUUUUUAUUGACUUGUGUGAAAUACCCAGAGUACUUGUUCUAAACCGUGCAAAUUUAAUUUUUAAGGUUAGGUGAGAGAUCACAGAAAUGGAAGAUGUUUGUGGCAGACUGGCAGCAUCAAGCAUUCUCUAGUCAGAUCAUAUCAUAGGCUAAGUGCAGUUCAAAACUUGCUUUGCACUGGCCUUACAAAUUAUUUUAAUAAACGUAGAUUUCAGAUAAAUAUGCCUGCCUGCACCAUUUUACUGCAAUCCCCUUCCAUAAAUAGGUGAUAUUAUGUAAUUUCAUUUUCCUGGAAUCAGUUCUCCAGAGUGAGAUUGUCCAGUUAGAUCCAUCCUUUUAAAUUAUUUUAGGACCUUAAGGAGCAGCAGUGUCAGAUGAGCUGCCUUUGCGAGGCUCAUUAAGAUUCAAGCCUUGGUCAAAAACAGUGAAAGCAAUGCACUACACAGUCAUCUUUUUCUCAAGUAAAAUUAUCACCCUGCUGUCUUCAUAUCAUUUUAAAAAUAAGCUCAAUAAGAAUUAAUUAUGUUUUCCUUAAUUUUGUUGGGAAGGCUUUGUGGUAGAUUAAAUUGUCUCAAGCUGGUCCUAGCAAUUUGUGUAAUCAAAUGUGAGGUCUUUAAAUGCGGUUAUGUUUUCAGGUACAAUGUUUGUGGUUGUGUUGCCAAUUAUAUUAUUUAUUGUGCUUUGUUUUUAGUUGUAUGUUAUUGUAUAUGUAUCAUGUUGAAAGUAAAUUCACAAGCCAAAAUAAGAUAAUUCCAAAUAAAGUGACUAUUUGAAAUUGC